AUGUAUCAAAAAGAUAAUCAGUUCAAUCAUAAAAUCGGUGUUAUUUUUUAUUAUUAAUCUUAUUUUUAUAUUCAUAAUAUUUUUCAUAGGAUAUUUGUGAAAAUACAGAAGAGCUUGCUGGUAAGUGAUUUUCGGAAAUUAGAUUAGUAAAAUGAUUUGAAUUAUACAGAAAAAGGAAUUGUGAAAAUGUACAUAAUUGAUAUAUAUAUUCCUCAUGUAAAUAAAUAGAAAAUUACAUUUCAAAUGGUAUAAAUUUAUCAAAAAAAAAGGCUAAAUAUUCAGAUAAAAAUAUUAAUUAUACUUUUAAUCUGAAAGAUUAUAUGGAAUUUGUAAAAUAAUGUCUACUAAUGGAGAGUUGUGAAUCCGGAAAAAAAAUGAUUAAAAUGCAUGUGAAUUAGUUAAAGAUAAAUGUCAUUAGAAUUAAGAUAAAUUUUUAUGUUAAACACAUACAUAUUAAACUUAUUCUACUUAAAUAGGAAGUUGUAAGAAUACUAAAACUUGGGAUAAUAAGAAAAUUCAUCUAUGUCACUAUCAUAAAUAAUAAUGUGUUUUAAUGGAUAUUAAUACUCUUAAAUCAGGAUAUUGUUACAUAAAGACAGCUUAGUCUCAUAGAUGGGAUCCAAAUACAGGUUCAUGUUUUUUUCAUGUGA